AUGUCCGUCACGACCGCGAGGCUGCCCAAGUUCCACAUCGACCAAGAGCACGUAGGUCAUGGAAAGAUGGCAGAGCGAGAGUUCUUGAUGGUGUUCUGCGAGGAGGAGAUUGAUGGAGAUAUAGAGAUAGGCAAGCCCACGCAUAUCGGUGCGCCCGUCACUUACUCGUUUCUGUACGAAAGGAUGCCUGGCGGACGUGUACACCUCGAGCCGCGAAGGCAAUACCUCGAUCAGCUUUGUUUGACCUUCACGGAAAGCUGCCAAAUAUGGGCCCAACAUUUGUCCAUUGUUAAACGGGCUUUGCGGAGUUCGCGAGUCUCACCAGCUUUGAUUUGA